GGCCGUCUUUUAUUCCUCUCUGCAGUUUGAAACUGUCAGGUCGCUGCCAAGGGAGCCGGUUUACCGCUGUUGUUUCGGCUACGACGCGGCGAGGAGAAGGGGAGGCAGGCGUCUGGGUUUGUGGAGAGCCGCGACGGCUGCUGUUUCACCUUCCACUGAAAUUGUUCAGUGUUUGUGUAGAAUGUCAUCAGAUGAGGAGAAAGGCUCACUUCCCAUUUUGCAGAAUGACUCUGAGCGGGGCAGUUCUGUCUCUUCAGAUCUUCAGGAAGAGUAUGAAGAACUGCUUCGUUACACUAUCGUGACUCCAAACAUUGAAUCAGGUACUCUACAGCCAUGUCAUUCUAAAGGAGAAGUGGUGCCAGAUGUGCGGGUUCCUACUAAAAUUGAUAAUAUUCUUCAUAAUCAAGCAGGAAAUAGCCCUGUCGUAAGAGAAACAAGGAUGGAAGUUGGAAAAGGAUGUGACUUAAAUAUUUCAAGUCAUUCAAAGACAGAUGGGUCAUCGCCAAUGUCGUCACCAAGGAAACCCUCACACCCUGUCAUGGAUUUUUUCAGCUCUAACCUCUUAGGUGACUCUUCUUCACCAGCGUCUAUUUCUAGUCAUGCAGACGUCCAUGAAAUCAUUGUGAGCGAUUUUCUUAUUUCAGAUGAAAACCUUCAGAAGAUGGAAAAUGUACUGGAUCUUUGGAGUUCAGGGCUUAAGACAAACAUCAUAUCUGAACUAAGCAAAUGGAGACUUAAUUUUAUUGACUGGCACCGAAUGGAAAUGAAAAAAGAGAAAGAAAAACAUGCAGCACACUUAAAACAACUGUGCAACCAGAUCAACAGCUUGAAGGAGCUGCAAAAAGCCUAUGAAGUUUCCAUCGGGAGAAAAGAUGAGGUGAUUUCUAGCUUAUCUCAUGCCAUAGGCAAGCAAAAGGAAAGGAUAGAGUUGAUGAGAACAUUCUUCCACUGGCGAAUUGGCCAUGUUAAAUGCAGACAGGAUGCCUAUGAAGGUAAACUAGCUGACCAGUACUUCCAGAGAACUUUACUCAAGAAAGUCUGGAAAGGCUGGAGAUCCAUAGUACAGAAACAGUGGAAAGAUGUGGUAGAACGAGCUUGUCAAGCAAGAGCAGAAGAAGUUUGUGUCCAGAUUUCCAAUGAUUAUGAAGCCAGAGUCGCUGUGUUAUCUGGAGCUUUGGAAAAUGCAAAAGCUGAGAUUCAAAGAAUGCAGCAAGAAAAAGAGCACUUUGAAGAUUCCAUGAAGAAAGCUUUCAUGAGGGGUGUAUGUGCAUUAAAUCUCGAAGCCAUGACUAUAUUUCAAAACAGAGGUGAUACAGGGAUAGACUUCACAAAUAAAAAAGAAGAGUAUGGCCCUGGCGUUCAAGGCAAAGAACAUUCUUCUCAGUCAGAUUCUCUGGCCCCUCAGAUGCCCUCAGUGGUUGCAUUGCCACCAUCCCCGCCAGCAGCAGCCAUGGGAGCGGCCAGCGCCUCUGCUUUUACCUCCGCUGCUUCCAUCACUUCUGCUGGGGCCACUUCUGCUUCCUCUGCUCACCUUCCGGUUUCUACAACUCUUGGCUCCGGGUCUACAGCUGCUGCUGCACCAGAAGAAAUGUAUGUUCCCAGAGUUGUGACAUCUGCACAACAGAAAGCUGGAAGAACAAUUACAGCCCGGAUCACAGGGAGAUGUGAUUUUGCCUCAAAAAACAGAGUUAGUAGCAGCUUAGCUAUAAUGGGAGUUUCUCCUCCCAUGAGCUCAGUUGUUGUGGAAAAACAUCAUCCAGUCACAGUGCAAACCAUUCCUCAAGCUGCUGCAGCAAAGUAUCCCCGGACAAUUCAUCCUGAAAGUAGUACCUCAGCUUCUAGAUCCCUCGGAACCAGGUCAACUCACACCCAGUCUCUCACAAGCAUCCAUUCCAUAAAAGUGGUUGACUAAAAUGAAUAUGCACAUAUUGAGAUCUUUUAAUUCUUUUGGUUUUACCAAGGAUUAGAAGUCUCUCAUUUUUAAAAUUUCAUAUUCUUAAAACAUCAUGGAUACAUCAUGUUCAUCUUUUCAAAAUUACAAGAGACUUUUUCAAGCCAUACCAUCCUUUGUAAUAUAU